AUGACUGCUCCUCCUGCUCUGGGUGCCUUGGGCAUGACUUUUACAGCUAUGCGGGCCCUGCAGGCUGUUGCGCUGAUCACCAUCAUUGGAUUGACUUCCAAUUUCAUUUCGGAAAUGGUUACUGCUAGUUAUGUGCCGCCGUCGGCAUUGGUCGGCACUCUUGUUGUUGCUUGCAUCACUGCCGUUUACACCGUCAUCACGUACAUUCUCUACUGGGACUCCAUGCUCCCUCUUUUGAUCUCCACCGGUGCCGAUGGCCUCUGUCUCAUUGCCACCAUCGUGGUAGCUUGUGUGGUCGGCAAGCCCGUCAGCUACCUCUCUUGCCCCUCGCUCCCUGACAAGGGCAACACGGCCAACUUCAUUCAUUCUCUUUUCCUCAACCUCUCGCGCAAGGAUUACUUUGAGUGGGCUGAUCCAGACAAGGCAACCUGCUUCGAAAUCAAGGCCGUCUGGGGCCUCAGCAUCAGCCUCUGCGUCCUGUACUUUAUGUCCGCCGUCACGUCGGCCUGCCUCUGGAAGCGCAUCAAGGGCGGCAGCCGCCCUCCUCCCAAGGAUUUCGAAUGA